GCUGCCAUUUGGUUGGCAGAAUCCCGCAUGCUUAACCCGGAUGCAGUUUUGUGAUUGGUCAGUCUUCAAGGGCGGAAGAUUUCAAUUUUUUUUUUUUUUUUUUUUGGACUCGGUGUUGGGAGAGGACGGGGAUAUAGAUCUGGCUUGGAGUGGUUAUACACAGGGAUGUACUGAUAUUAAAGAUUAGCUUGAUGCUUCGCCCCCACCCCCCAGCCUUGGGGUGAACUGAGCGCCCACAUGUGAGACCUGGGUACACCUGGCAACCCCAAACUUCGAAAAAUUUGAAGUCAUGGCAGAGUCUCGCUCUGUGGUGCCAGAUGGGUCCUCAAAACCGUCAUCAAGUCUGACCUACCGUACAAAUUGUCGUAUGAUACUUAACCUGCUGAGAGACAAAGACUCCUCCUUGGUUUUCUCACCAGAGCAGCCACUGACACCAGUUACUGACCUCGCUGUUGGCUUCAGUAACCUGAGCACGUUUAGUGGUGAGACUCCCAAGCGCUGCCUUGACUUGUCCAAUCUGAGCAGCGAUGAAGUCAGCCUUCAGGCUUUAGAGUCUCCUGACAAAACAGCAGCAGGUAAAGGGGAUUCUCCAAAGUCGCAAUGUGUCCAGGUAUUGGAUAACUUGUUUACACCAGAACCGGAGAAGAAACCUAGAAAGUCUAGAGGAAGUCUGAAUCCCACUUUGCCUAGACUUCUCUGCAGCACCCCGAGUUUCAAGAAGACUUCAUGGGGACACCAGAAUCACUGCAAUAAAGAAAAUGAGUGUGAGCAGUUUAAAAAUCCUUGGAAAACAAACUAUUUGCACCUUCCCCGGUCAGCAUCUGAUGCACAAUUAUCCCCAACAUUUGGGACCAAGGAUAGUAUCUCCUUAGAGGAUGACCAUGAGUUACACAUACUGGCUUCUCCUAUAAGCGCUGGCCCUGCAGGCUUGGAUGAUGUACCAGAUCUCAAAACCCAAAAUCUCGAUGGCUUUACUGAUUUUUUCUGUGUGGAUGAAGAGGGGUUGGAGCAGAAUCCCUCUUCAGCUGCUGCCAAUUUGUCAUCAAGUAUGGCUGUCCUGCUGUCUGGACCUUUCCUGAAUCAGGAUGUAGAAAUAAGUAAUGUUUCUAUGAACCGAAGCCGUCUUUACCGCUCCCCAUCAAUGCCAGAGAAACUUGACCGUCCCAUGUUAAAGCGACCCGUACGGCCACUGGAUGAUGAAACGCCUGUCCGUGUGAAAAGGAGACGUAGCACAAACGGUACACUUCAUGAACAGGAUGAGGAGCACAACCAGUCAAGACGACGGGGCCCAUCUCUGAAAAAGACACUAUCAUUGUGUGAUGUGGAUAUUACUAAAGUUUUAGAUGAAGACUGCGGCAAUAGACAACUGAUUGGAGAUUUCUCCAAGGUCUAUGCUUUGCCUACGGUUACGGGGCGACACCAGGAGCUCAGAUACAUCUGUGCGGAAACUCUUGCUGCUCUAAUUCAUGGGGAGUUUAAUAGUCUUGUGGAGAAGUUUUUUGUAAUAGACUGCCGAUAUCCAUAUGAAUAUGAAGGUGGCCACAUAAAGGGUGCAUUAAACCUUCACCUACAGGAGGAAGUGGUUGGUUAUUUUCUAAAGAAGCCUUUGGUGCCAACCAUGGAGCAGAAACGCAUUAUAUUGAUAUUCCAUUGUGAAUUCUCCUCUGAGAGAGGCCCAAAAAUGUGUCGCUUGUUACGAGAAGAGGAUCGCGCUAGGAAUGAGUACCCAAGCCUUUAUUAUCCCGAGCUUUAUAUACUACGAGGAGGAUACAAGGAUUUCUAUCCAGAAUAUUUGGAACUGUGUGACCCGCAAAGCUACUGCCCAAUGCGUCAUCAGGAUUAUCGAGAAGAGCUGCUAAAAUUCCGAACAAAGAGCAAAUCUUGGGCAGGGGACCGCAAAAGGAGGGACCAGAUUGCCCGUUUGAUGAAGCUGUGAAGACGCAUGCUUCACAUUUGCCAGGAUAAAUCACUGUACAUGCGAUGGAAACAAUGAGACAUUUCUCAUCUUAAUAUUUUUUUUUUAAUACAAGUCUGCUGACUCUUCCAUGGGCCAUUUUACAGACUGAUCAAUUUAUUUUAUCCUGCAUUCCCUAUUGUUACUGUGAAUUUGAGGAAGUGAACCACUAUUUGUUAAGGUGUGAAAGGAAGCAUGGAUGUCCUACAAAUGUGCCCAUUAAUACCCAUCUUUUUUUUUUUUUUUUGUGGAGAGGACCAACAUCGUAAAUCAUCAGCUAACACUGUCCAUUUGCCUUGGUUGGAAUACAGCAUUGGAACAGAAUAGUCUUAUUGCCUUAUUUGUUUUGCUAGUGGACCUCCUUUCAUGCAGCAUUCUGUAUUCAAUUUCUUAUCAAACAAGGUUAUGUACACCGUUCUAUCCCAUUAUGGUCAAUAAAUCAAUUACAGACUCUAAGGUUGUUGGUUUGAAAAGAAAAUCAACCAAGAGCUAAUUAUUUUAAUUCCAAAAAAAUCAUUUUAGUGGCAAGUCUUGGGAGAGACCUCCUAGUUUUUUGCUUUUCAUCCCCACUUUUUCAUUAUUCGAAAACUGUUCCUCAGUGGUUUUAUAAUGUAUACUUCAGGGUUAUUUAUAUAGACUGAUGUCAACUGGGAAAAUUAUUUUCUUGGAAAAGUGCAACAUCCAGUGUCUGCUUUACAAGCACUACAUCUUCCACUAAAUUUCACAUUUACUGUCUAUUAUCAUCAUAGUAAACCAACUGACUUUUGA